AUUAAAAUCAAAGAGCAGGAACGCAACAUAAACACAAGAUCUAGUCUAUCAUUGGGGCAAGAGCGAUACGAAAAAACACUCGCUUGCCUUGAAGUAAGAUUUCGAAGGAAGAAUGUCAAAAGCUUUUGAGCUUAUGUCGCUGGCUAUGUAUUCCGAUUCAUUUCAGAAUCAUAACUGCAAUUCGUUAGUGUCAUCGCCGUCUAGUAAAAAUAUACAUUUGAAGGAGAUAAACGAGACGAAACCGUGGUGUGAUCGGCUAGUUUCAUCCAGAAUGAUGACAUCGUCGUCAGAAGCGAAAGCCAAAAGUGGUAAUCUGAUGAAUUUGCAAACGUCCAGCAGUAAUUGGUCGCAAGACCAGGGAAAUUCAAAUGCACAGUUCUCUGGGAACAUAUCUCGAGCUUACGCGAAUAAUGGUGAAACACUACAACCUGACCAGGAUGAGAAAGGCGAACACAUUCGUCGACCUAUGAAUAGUUUCAUGAUCUGGAGUCAAUACGAAAGAAGGCGGCUGGCCGAGGAAAACCCUGACCUCCACAAUGCUGAACUUAGUAAGAUCCUUGGUCAGAAUUGGCGUGCACUUACUGUCGAUCAAAAGCGGCCGUUCGUGCUCGAAGCCGAGCGACUUCGUGUGAAACACAGCCAAGAUUACCCCAGCUAUAAAUACAGACCAAAACGACGAAAGAACCCUAAACGAGUCACGAAGUCAAUGGUCAAGGCGAAAUCACCCACCAAAAGCACGCCAAAUGUUGCAAUUUCGAAGCCCAUGUUACAAAAUCUGCACGGGCUAUCAAGCAAUGUGCAGCAAAGCGAACUCGCCACAUUAAAUACGACCUUAACACCGUCACAGAAAUCCUGCACUCCCUCGACAAAUGCGUCGCAAUUUCUGCCUUUAACGCCAGAAGCAAGCCCGAACAUUCAAAAGGAGAACGUUGUGUUUAAAUUUGACGAACCUAAAACCGAGCGACCGAUUUCAUAUACAUUUCCCGCUACGCCACCAUCUUGUAGCACUAUAUGCGAGGACGAUCCGUACACUCUAGCUUCGCUUGAUCUUUUAAACCCGAUCGACUUCAACUUGCAAAAUUACAUUUUUGGCGACGAAACGUUAGAUCGCACCGAGUUCGACCAGUAUUUGAACUGCUUCGAAUAAUCUGGGGGUUGCGUCGUGCAGAGAGUUUCGAUAAAUACCCUGAAGGGUUUUCGACUUUAAUUGAAUAAAGUCAAAUCAAAAUACUGGCUUUGGAGUCGGAUUUAUUGAUGAAAUAUUCCUGGAGGUACGUUUGUACAGGAAUGAUGAUCCCCGCUCCCAAUUCGCAAACAUUUCAAGUCGCGAGAAACUUCCCGAACUCAUCGUUGAAUAUAUUGUAUCUGUUAUCGAUGUAAAAUGUAAAUAGAGCGUUUUUCAAAUGUAAAUAGCGCUGUAAAUCAUUCGUAAUUCGCAUUUAUACAUAGCUUGGUUAUGGUAAGGAUUCAAUGCAUGUCGGUGGAGACGUUGUCAAUUUUACCGGUUAGCGUGAAGUUCUAUUUGCAGAAAUAUUGCAUUCCUGGUUAGCUUUGAGAGUGUAACCAGAUUUAAACGUCUUUGCGGAGCAAGCGACUUCUAAUAUUGCAUUAAAAUCUGUUUAAACCGUGCGUCAUUUCAUGAAGACCGUUUGAAUCGCUUCCAGCCAAGAAUAUCGGCUUAGUCUUUCAUGUAAUCGUGCAGCAAUUACAUUGUAAAUAUAUAUUUUAUAUAAUUCGCAUGUGUUAAUAGUUUUAAAAUCUGGGUUUUUGAUAUGGAUACUCGUAAUGUUUUUUAUACAAAUAGAAUAAAGUUAAUUUAAAGUCAUUUUAAA